UUGCGCUUCGAAGUUGGUGCAGAAGAUGUCCGGUAGCUCCGCCGAUUAUAGCAGGUAAUAGCGGAGACCAUGGUGGCCCAGAAGGAAUGGACCCCGAUGGUGUUAUUGAGAGUAACUGGAAUGAAAUUGUUGACAAUUUCGAUGACAUGAACCUGAAAGAAUCUCUUCUGAGAGGCAUCUAUGCAUAUGGCUUUGAAAAACCGUCGGCUAUCCAGCAGAGAGCAAUAAUACCAUGCAUUAAAGGGUAUGAUGUGAUUGCCCAAGCUCAGUCAGGUACUGGCAAGACUGCCACAUUUGCUAUUUCCAUCCUGCAGCAGCUGGAGAUUGAUCUCAAGGAGACCCAAGCUCUAGUAUUGGCUCCCACAAGAGAACUGGCUCAACAGAUCCAAAAGGUGAUAUUGGCCUUGGGCGACUAUAUGGGUGCUACUUGCCAUGCUUGUAUUGGCGGCACAAAUGUUCGUAAUGAGAUGCAGAAACUGCAAGCUGAGGCUCCUCACAUUGUUGUUGGAACUCCUGGACGUGUAUUUGACAUGUUAAACCGGCGAUACUUAUCUCCCAAGUGGAUCAAGAUGUUUGUAUUGGAUGAAGCAGAUGAAAUGCUGAGUCGUGGGUUUAAGGACCAAAUAUAUGAGAUUUUCCAGAAGUUGAGCACAAACAUUCAGGUUGUCCUGUUGUCGGCUACUAUGCCAACUGAUGUGUUGGAAGUGACCAAAAAAUUCAUGAGGGAUCCAAUUCGUAUCCUUGUGAAAAAAGAAGAGCUGACACUUGAGGGUAUCAAACAAUUCUACAUUAAUGUUGAACGGGAGGAAUGGAAGCUGGAUACUCUCUGUGACCUGUAUGAAACUCUGACCAUUACGCAAGCUGUUAUUUUUCUGAAUACCAGAAGAAAAGUUGACUGGUUGACUGAAAAAAUGCAUGCACGGGACUUCACGGUCUCUGCUCUGCAUGGUGACAUGGACCAGAAGGAACGAGAUGUCAUUAUGAGAGAAUUUAGAUCUGGAUCUAGCCGUGUGUUGAUUACAACAGACUUGCUGGCUCGGGGUAUUGAUGUCCAGCAAGUUUCUUUGGUUAUAAACUACGAUCUGCCUACAAAUCGUGAGAACUACAUUCACAGAAUUGGUCGUGGAGGUCGUUUUGGUAGGAAAGGUGUUGCCAUUAAUUUUGUUACAGAGGAAGACAAGAGGAUUCUUCGUGACAUUGAGACUUUCUACAAUACUACAGUGGAGGAGAUGCCAAUGAAUGUGGCAGAUCUUAUUUGAGCCCUGGAUGAGAUUGAUCGCUUGGAUGCAGUACUUGCUGUUGCUGACGAGGCGAAUUGCGACGUGCAUUGUGCUGCUUUGGAAAUAUAUUUGAGUCUUGUCUCUAUGCUCAUAACGGAUCAGAAAUACAGAUUUUUGAGACGCGAAGAGACUGUAGUUGCCUGCUUUGGGAGGAAGGCUGUGGGCUUCAUCCUCUUUCCAGAGUUUAGACUGUUGGGGUGGGUUGUAAAGUGAUGGGGUCUUUACAUUUUCUUUUUAUUAGGAAUUUAUUUUCUAGUUCCACUUCAGUGGUUGUGUUAGAUGUUCUGUAUCAUUUAAUAAUUUACUUAUGGACUAAAAGGUAUAAGUGCUGUAUAAAAUCAGCAAAUUAUGUUAAAGUUGCAUAUACACCUUUAUUGUAUAUUUCAGAUGUAGAAUUCACUAAUGGUAUAUAGCAUAAUUUUAAUUAUAUAAUCAAUAAAGUGAUGAGUGAGUUUGCACUAGGCCCUGAAACCCCAACAAUCUGUUGUAUUGGCUUAAUUGUAAGGUUGCACAUGUCUUAUUGAAGUUUAAAUGUUUAAUAAAUUAUUCAGAUGUCAAGCA